UGGCCGAAGCUAGUUCACAUCAAAUGACGACAAGUCGACAAGUUCUUUAUGCACUAUCUUCAGUAGUGCGCAGUCGCCUUACCGCCUUUUUUACUUUGAACCAGUGAUUUUGUUAUCCUAAAAAAAUAUUUUGGAACUAUACAUUGGUUGUCCUCGUGAUUGAUGUGAAGAAAAGAAAGUCGAAAGCAUCUAUAUUUAACCUGUCAGAAAGCGAAGAAGACAAGACUUCGCCAAGCAAAACCUCCGUCUAAUUAGAAUUUUGUGCUCAUUUCUAUGGAAAUGCCUAAAGCUUCUACAUAAAUCUACGCGUGUUAUCAUUGUCCAAAAGUUGAAUCUCCAACAGCUUAAUCAAUGUCUCGAGGUGUAUCUUGUUGGUUGCUGGUAUCAUAAUGAUUUAAUUAAAAGCUAGUUCACACUUUUCAAUCGAUGGAACAAUAGAAAGCUGUUAACUUUUAAGGUUGAGGAGACGUCUCAUCGUAUCACACUGAUUCCCAAGACGUAUUACUAUCUUUUAGUAGGAAAAUUGUGGCUUUUAAUUCCGUCAUUAAAGAGCUGUUGCUUUGAAGAAUAAAAAGUACGCCCUAACAGUUAUAUAUGCAAAAUAUCUAUACGAUUUGUGGGCGGCUAAAAACGACACUGACAUUUUGACUAAAGUCUUAACAACAUACGGAGAAAAAUGAAGGAGAUUAAUAUUUUGAAGAAGAUGUUUUGGUUUCGUUGGGGACUAACAACAUUCCUCGCUCUGCUGGCGCUACAUGUCCUUUUCACAAUUUAUAAACAGCUUGGCCAAACGAGUGAAAUUUUGAACGAGCUUGCAGAAGCAGGGAUGAUUCCAAUUGGCUACGACGAAGAUAAGCUGGAUAAGUCAAAAUACUUCUUGUUACCGGACUAUGCCGGAUCAAGGAGGCAUGUAAACAAGUUUUCACUGAAAGGGCGAGGGCGUCGAGAAGCGAAUCCACAAUUCCGGUCGGGGCAAACUGACGAUGGGAAUUUUCGAACCCGACAGUCAGUUCGAGAAAGUGUUUUCUCUUAUGAAAGACAAUUUUACGAGGCUGACGAUCAAAACCAACCAAGGAACUUCAUCGAAACGGAUCCAUCACUUCGUACACAAAAGUCAAGAAAGCAUCGAGAUGGUGAAGGCGUAAAUAGGUUAGGACGUAUAAAAGACACUGAUAACAGCAACAAAAACAACAUCAGCAAGAAGAAAAAAAACGACGACAAUUCAAAAGGUGCUAAAGUGAUUAUUCUUGCAUACCGGCGAUCCGGCUCUUCGUUCGUCGGGGAAAUGUUCAACAGGAAUCCCCGGGUAUUUUACCUAUUCGAGCCGAUAUACCCUUUGCAAGACAUUGCCGGUCAGGGCAAAUUCCCGCUACUUUACGACAUGCUAGUUCGCCAUUUAUGGGAGGUGAUUUAUACAUGUUCCUUUGAAAAACAUCCGCUUGUAACGGAAUUCCUAUCUAGAUCGUCGUUCAGAUUGAAAAGCGAGGUUCUAACGAAUCCAAAUUUAUGCAAAAUUGACGCAAAGCGUCGUCUUACGAUGCUUGAGUGUAAACCAUUAAAUCGAACGAUUUUGAGCCGUUUAUGCAACUCGAAAGAACACAUAGUUGUGAAAAGCAUCAGAACAGGCACCAGGAAGACUUUUGAACUUACUUCCUAG